AUGAAACCCAAUUUCCGCUUCGAGAUUCUGGAUUUUAACUAUUUCGGGCCGGGCCGGGCCGAAACGUUGGCCCGGCCGACGGGCCGGAAAUGGUCCGGCCGGCCCGGCCGAUCUGAAAUCGGGCCGACGGGCCGAAAUUUCGGCCCGGCCGGCGGCCCGACCCAGGCCGGCCCGGGCCGGCCCGGCCCGGGAGCCAUGUCUACUUGCCACGGAGUCUUUGCUUCGGCUCCAGCAAAAAGCAAAAAGUUGCACAGUGCAAAAGCAAACAUUGCUUUUCACUGUCGCCCCAAUCAUUCCAGCGACUUUACAAACGGACUAGUACGGUCAUAAUCGUUACAUGACCCUCCUCUUCAGUUGUGAAUGUUUUCGACUUCUACCGUCUCAAAGAUGACUACCCUAGAUUCCUUAUCUCCGUAACAAAGUCUCUCGCUACACCGCCUGCAGCAUUUGAUCACGCGCCAAACCCAUAAACAUCUUUUCCGGGCCUUUCUCAUUGUUUUUUUCGAUCAGUGUCCAGAAACACGAACUUUACACUGUAAAAAAGACGGAGAAAAAAGUCGGCAAUGGUCUUCCGAUAACCAUCGUUUUUUUCGCGCGCCUAAGGCGGGGUUUCAAACCGGGAGGAAAAAAAGUUGUUUGUAAAUAGAAAGGAACAGUUUUUUGUGACGCUGUUUUUGUAACUGACAGUAAAAUUCGAUUAUCAGCAAAAAAUUGCUGGAUUCCGAAAAUUGGGCGAUGAAAAGGCGGGAAAAGUCUUGUGGUUGGGGGAAAAAACUUGGAUUGAAAGGUUGGAAUAGUAAAGUGGAAGUGUAACGUGCAAAACGAAAAGUGAGAAUGGGGGUUUUACUGCGGAAAAAGGGAAAUGUAAAUAUGAAAAAAGCCGAAAAAUAGUAAUAAUGCCGUUUGGAGAAAUGUCAAGUGGCCUUUGUUACAUAAAAUGGCAUUUUUGAAAUUGUAAAGUGACCAAAAAUAGUAUUUUGUUGGCGGAUUAGACUUAUAAGGGCUUUAGAAAAUUUCGAAGCUGAAGUCGGCGUUCUAAACAUUAUAAUGUAAUGGGGAAUUGAGCCUCAUAUAGACAGGUCAUUGGUAUCAAGAUAGUCUAGAAAGCAACUCCAGGCUGUUCUAGAAAUCUUACAGUAGACUUGUGUGACGGCCUAGAAAUUGAUUUCGAUCUUUGAAGCGUAAGUCUGUCGGGAAAAUAAUGAUCACAAUGUCCCUUCGCCGCAUCGACACAAUUCAUUUUCUCGGCGGCGAUGCGAUUUUCAAUGCAACACUUGCUCAUUAUUUUACCGGCAGGAUGAUGAUCCAAGUGCUCAGAUGUUGACAAAUUUGGAAUAUUUUUUUCUACGACAUCUGCAACACUCCUAGCAGCUUGCAAUUUGCAGAAGCGACCGAAAUUUUUGCUACUGGCGCUCAAAAGUUCAGAACUGUCUAUUUUUCCUUUCUCACUGUGCACCUUUCUACAUUUGCCUCGACAAUUUUGCUUUUCUAUGCUCCGUGUGAUCCAUUCUGGAUUCCAAUCGUAUAAUGUUUUAUGUCCUGAACGUUGGCGGUUUAGCUGCGGCGAGCCACGCCUGAUUAUCCUCCCUAAACCCGACAAUUCAUAAAAUAGUGGCCGAUCGUGUCGUCCCCUAUUCUCAACUGUUUUUUUAAUAAAACUGUAACACAUUUCAGAAUGAUAGUCCGUGUGUCUUUCAUAGUACUCCUAUUAGUUUUAUUAGCACAGGUGUGUGCUGUGGGACAGACUGCCAAAAAAACAAGAGCCAAAACGUAAGUCAGCAGUGUCGUAAGUCAACGCCGGUGCUCUUAUCGUAUUUACGGCUUGAAAAGAAAAUCCACAGCUUCGAAUCCAAGCUGAAAAAAUUUGCCUUGCUAAAGCCCAUUUCCAGAGGAAUUUUGAUCCGAGCUGCAGCAAAGAGUGGAGGCACCGUGACCAGAGGUAAUAUUUCGAAAUUUCUAGGCUAUUCUUGGCCAAGUUCUUAACAAAUUUCUUUAGUUUCGCAUCGAAGAUCGCUCCCAUCAGACGCUCCACGAAGAGGCCGAAGAAUCAAGUCGAGGAGAAGCAGAAAAUUGACAACACCGAAUCCAACCGUCACCCUAAAGACGAGUCUGACCACCCAUCUGCAAGGAGUCACGCCGGUCCCACUAAGAGUGGCACCACCUCAUCGAACAAGCACCACAAUGGCAGUACUGUGAGUUUUGAGGGAUAUCUUUGAGGAGAGAGUAUGUGAUGAUGUCCUGAUGAGAUGGAGCCACGUUCUAUUUACCAUAUAAAUCUUGGUAGAAAGUGAAAAAGUCAAGAGAGCCAAAAAACCAAAUUACAAUUUCAUCAAUGUGCAAAGCCCAGAUUUCCUUUCAAAUUUGGAGGCAUUGACUCACUUGGGCCAAUUUACAUACAUAUAACUGUCCGUCGGGAAAAUAAUAAGCAUAAUGUAACAUCUAAAGUCGAAUCACCGCCGAGAAAACGAGUCGUGUCGCGGGAAAAGCAAAUUUUCUUCCAAUUCAACGACGCGAUCGGCGCAGCGAUAUUGUGGUCAGUAUUUUCCCGACAGACUCAAAGACUUUUCCCCGGGGUGACAAAUUUGCAAGGAUAAUGAGAUUUUUGCCGUCUACCUUUCAUAUGUGCUCGAUGAUGUUUGCAAAAAACACCUUUCUGUUCGAUAUCGGUAUUAUCAAAAAAAAACAAAAAAAAUCGCAGUUUUUCUCAUAUCGGUCCUUCGAGAACAUGAUGUGGAUUCGUUGUCUGUCACUUUCGCUCACACUCUGAUUUUUUCUGCACAGCGCAAACGCCAUAAACCGACUUUCAAACGAGCCUAGUAUCUGUCUGUCGGGAAAAUAAUGUGAAUUCAAAUUUCCCAUCGUUGCUUUGCAACGACCAACCGCGGCUGGAGAUUUUGCGCGACUACGACGAGCCAGACAUGUUGCAGCAAAAAUCCACAUUAUUUUCCCUACAAACUGAUAUGGUCCAAAUUUGGGGUUAAGGCGACAAAGUUUUAUCGCCAAAUUCUCAAUUUUUCCCAUUUUCAGGCCCACCACCUUCGCCUCCCGCCGCCCCGUCCCCGCACUGACCCCGCCUCCCCUCCGGGGAUUCAAGGUCUCGUCGGCGUUGAAUGACGCUCCUCCCGCCAUUCGACCACCUCCGGGCGUCGCGAAGAAGCUGAACAUGGCUAACAUCAACGACUUCAUGAGGCUUGCCAGAUUCAUGCUUCGGCGUCGGCGAACCCAACGCAAAAUUCAACGACCUCCAAAGCGGCAUUAA